UAGGUAUAAAAAUAUUUCGGUAUUCGGCUUUUUUUAUUCCUAUAAUCCUACAUUCACAUUCGUCAAUCGACACAAUCCCCCCCGACUCUAUAUGCUUUGGAUGUUCGGUAUUACUCGUAUACUUAUACAUUACACCUUCCAUUUCCUAAUAAUCCAUCAAUUAUUCCUCCUCGCGUAGUAUUUUAAACAAUUUUUUGUCGGAGUAUGAAAAAAACGUCACGACAUUCGAAGGUCAACCACACAAGUGGUCCGGUGGCCACUUCAACAAUUAAUGUUCCUGUAUAAAUAGAUACAUAAACUACUAUUAUGACGUUUAUUUAAAUAUAUUUAUUUGAUUAUUGGCUCACUUUUUAAUUAUUUUGUAUUGGCUAAUUGUAUUUGGAACACUUUCUCUUGAUUACCUAUAACUGGUAUUGAAAUAUGAGUCUCACAGACACUGUUGGCAAAUGUGCUGCAAUUGCAACUAUUGGAACAUUCUUUGCCCCUGUUCUUAUAUGUCGAGAUAUAAUAAAAAAUAAAAGCACCAAAAAUGUUGAUCCUACACCUUUUGUUGGAGGUAUGGCUAUGUCCAUACUUAUGAUCAAAAAUGGAAUACUUAUGAAUGAUCCUAAUAUUAUACCAGUUAACAUUUUUGGAUUUAUUUUGAACUUGAUUUAUUUUUUAGUGUUUUAUUUUUAUACUGCUGAUUCGAAACCAUUAUUUUCCAUGCUAACAAAAGCUACAUUGUUCACUGGUGUAUUGUGGGGAUAUUCAACAAUUGAAAAUGAAAAACUAGUUGAAUACCGUUUUGGAGUUAUUCUCACUGUAUUAAUGUUAGCACUAAUUGGAUCUCCUUUAUUCUCUUUGAAUAAUAUUAUUAAAAAUAAAGAUGCAUCAAUGCUACCUUUUCCAAUGAUUGCUUCUGGAGCUUUUGUUGGAUUCUUGUGGUUAAUAUAUGGGUUGUUAAUAGACAACAUUUUCAUUAAGGUUCAAAACAUAGUAGCUGUUAUAUUGUGUUUGAUACAACUGGGAUUAAUAUUCAAAUAUCCAAAACCAGAAAGCAAGAAACGUGAUUAAUGAACAUAGUUACCUAUUUAAUGUAGCAUGUAUUUAUGUGUACUGUGAUUAUCUUAUGCAUCCUGCAAUAUUACAUUUAUAUAAUAUCUUUACAUUUCCAUUAUUUUUAGUACUAGCUCAUAUAAUUAAUUAGUUAAUUACAGGUUACCUAUGUAUUUUUCUUAAAUUCCAAAAUGUGAUGUUAAAGUACUAGUUAUUAACUUUGUGUCAGUGUCAUUUUUUGUUUUAAAUAUAAUUAUAUUUACUGAA